AGCGACAGAGAAAGAAAGAAUCUAUGUGUAUAUCUGUUAACCUCCUGCCCCUGCAAACCACCUUUGCCAUUGACCCCAUACUUCCACUUCACACAUGCAGAAAAACUCUUUUGUAUUAUUAAAUUAAGCAAAACAAGAAAUGCCCAUCUCUCAAUCAGAUCUCUAAAACCACUUCAUUAUUUGGUUUUUAAGUAUUUGGUUUCAGUUGUUACCAACUUACCAUCUUUUUUUUUUAAGAGAGAAAGAAAUAUGAUGAAAUGAAACAAACCCAGAAAGCAGAGAAACAAGAGUUUUUCUGAGAAGUAGCUUUCAAUGGCGUAAACGACUACUGCCAGGGUCACGGUUUGCUUUUUUUUUUCUUUUAAGAUUUUGGUUUUGAGUUUUGACAUUGGAAUUGUAGGCUGUUGUUUCUUUGGAGAAGAUGUUGUGUGCUUGUUCAGGUGAACAAUUCAAGUUUGAAGACGCUCCGCAGUCGCCGGAAUCUUUGGCGACCAGGGACUUCUCGGCCAGUGGACUCUCAUCUCGCACUGGAGACUGGGAAUCAAAACUUGAGGAUGUCCAAGUGGAUGAAGUUGAAUCCACUCUCAAAGAAGCCCUUUCCUUAAACUAUGAGGAAGCAAGGGCUUUGUUGGGGAGGCUAGAGUAUCAAAGAGGGAAUUUUGAUGCUGCGCUUCAGGUUUUUCAGGGUAUUGACGUUAAAGGUUUGACGCCUAGGAUGACUAGGGCUAUUGUUGAGAGAACCAGGCAACGGAAACCGCGGUCCAAAGGUGACAUUAUCCCUCCUAGUGUGAUGUCGAUGCAUUCAGUGAGCUUACUUCUAGAAGCAAUUUUAUUGAAAGCAAAAUCAUUGGAGGAGCUUGGGCAUUUUAGAGAGGCUGCGAAGGAGUGCAAAAUAAUUUUGGAUGUAGUUGAGGCAGCACUACCUAAUGGAAUGCGUGAGGGUAUUGGUGAAGAUUGCAAGUUGCAGGAGAUGUUUCACAAAGCAUUAGAGUUGCUCCCUAAUCUAUGGAUAAAGGCAGGUUUACUAGAUGAAGCUGUAACCGCAUAUCGCCGGGCUUUAGUUAAGCCAUGGAAUUUGGAUCCCCAGAGGUUAGCAAGUGUACAAAAAGACUUAGCUGCCACAUUACUUUAUGGUGGUGUUGAAACAAAGCUCCCUCCUCACUUACAGGUAUGGGGUUCAACCACCCCUAAUGGUAAUACAGAGGAAGCAAUUCUUCUCCUUCUAGUACUUGUGCAAAAAGUGGCAUUUGGAGAAAUAAAGUGGGAUGCAGAAAUUAUUGAUCAUCUGACUUUCGCUCUCUCAGUUUCUGGGCAGUUUGAAUUAUUAGCAGGUUAUUUGGAGCAGGCCCUUCCGGGUAUCUAUGAAAGAGCUGAGAGGUGGUACCUUCUUGCUCUUUCUUAUGCUGCUGCUGGUCAGGAUGAGGUAGCAUUGAACUUAUUAAAGAAGGUUGCUGGCCAGUCAGAAGCAAAGCACAAACCUCAUGUCCCUGCUUUACUCUUUGGUGCAAAGUUAUCUUCUCAAGAUCUGAAGCAUGCUCACUAUGGAAUAACUUUUGCCCGUAAUGUGAUUGAUUUGGCAGAUCAAGUGAAUGAACAUUUCAAGGGUCAAGCCCAUAAGUUCCUUGGUGUUUGCUAUGGGAAUGCUGCUAGAAUUUCCAUAUCAGAUUCUGAAAGAGCUCUCCUUCAGAAAGAAUCUUUGACCUCUCUUAACACUGCUGCUCUCAACAUAAAGGAAGAUCCAGAAGUGUUGUUUAACCUCAGUUUGGAAAAUGCAGUUCAGAGGAAUUUGGAUGUGGCCUUUGACAAUGCAAUGAUGUACUCUAACAUGGUUACAGAAAACUCAGGAAGAGGUUGGAGGCUAUUAGCACUAAUACUUUCUGGAGACAAGCGGUUCAAAGAUGCGGAAACCAUACUUGACUUUGCUUUGGAUGAAGCUGGGAGGUUGGAUCAGUUAGAGCUUCUUAGGUUAAAAGCUGUGCUUCAGAUUGCUCAGGAACGGCCCAAGCAAGCAAUUGAAACUUACCGAAUCUUGCUAUCUCUGAUUCAAGCUCAAAGAGAACCUCAUUCUAAUAGCACUGUUCAUGCAAAAAGUUCUGAUUCUGAGAGUGAAGCGGAAAAAAAUAUGGAAAUGGCUGCCUGGCAAGAUCUAGCUACUAUUUAUACCAAAUUUGGAUCAUGGGCUGAUGCAGAAAUAUGUCUAAACAAAGCCAAGUCAAUUGAAUUUUAUUCACCCAAAAGUUGGCAUACAACAGGGUUGUUAUUUGAAGCCCAAUCACUUUAUAGAGAGGCCCUGGUAUCCUUCUCAGUUUCACUGUCAAUGGAACCAGACUAUGUGCCCAGCAUUGUCUCAACUGCGGCAGUACUUAUAAACCUUGGCAGCCAAUCACUCCCAAUUGCAAGAAGCUUUUUAAUGAAUGCUUUAAGGUUAGAUCCCACGAAUCACGAUGCAUGGAUGAACCUCGGAUUGAUUGCAAAAAUGGAAGGCUCGUUACAACAAGCAGCAGACUUUUUUCAAGCUGCUUAUGAGCUGAAGCUAUCAGCUCCUGUUGAAGCCUUUACAUGAUGGUGGAAUUUGAUUAGUCAGGACUUAGCAGGCAAUUUCUAGAAUAUGGUUUAUCCAUUCAUCUAUUGAAAGGUCAGCGUUUUUC